AUGAUGAAACUCGAACCCAUUGAAGUUGAUAGUAAUCAUGUUGUUAUCAAUACAACAUCCAUACAACAUUCUAGUCCAAUAAAAAGGUCUCGCAAAUCUGCACAUCCAUCAAAAACAAUACAAACAUCAAUAGAAUCUUCAUUUAUGCAUCAAUUAACUAAAAAUUCAUGUAUUACUAUUCCUAUUGAAGAACCAAGAAUUACUCUUACAGAUGAUGAUGAUGAAUCAUCAAAUUUACCACAUUUUAGUUCUAUUGAUGAAGAAGAUAAUAUUAUGAGUGAUGAAGAAACGCCAAUUACCUAUCAAAAUCUAACAUCAAAACGUCCACGAUUAACUUAUGAUAAACGUUUAGAAGCUAAUGCACGUGAACGUGAACGUGUACAUAAUUUAACGGCUGCAUUUGAAGCAUUACGACAAGUUAUACCUAUGUAUAGUGAUCAACCAAAAUUAAGUCGUCUUUCAAUAUUACGUAUUGCUUGUUCAUAUGUUCUUGUACUUGGUGCAUUAAAUGAAAUUGAUUUUAGUGAAGGACAAAAUGCUUAUACAUUUAAUGAAUGUUUUCAUAUGCUUUCAAGUACAAUUUUAAAUGAACUUAAAAGAAAAAAAUCAAAUAAUCACCAUAAUAGAAAUGAAUGA